ACACUCCUCCUUCCCCAGCCGGGCUGCUCAGAGCUGACACACUGCUCAGAAAGUACAGGUGACAGGAUGGCUGCAAAGAGAAGGGGAAGAAGAAAAAGAACCACCAUGCGUCCAGGGUGGUUUUCUUGGUUGCGUAGCAUAAGAGAAAAAAUGAGUGACCCAAAGAUCCCCGAUGUGAAAGUUGAUAACAAUUACCCUACGACAGAAACCUUACUGGAUGAAAUACAAGAAGACAACACGGAACAAAAUGAAAAAAAGCAACCGAAAGAAAAACUGAAGACUGUUGGUCCAAUUCAAAUUUUUCGAUUUGCAGAUGGGCUGGAUGUAUUCUAUAUGAUUACUGGAUUCCUUGGAGCAAUGAUGAAUGGUGUCUGCGACCCUGUAAUGCUCAUUGUGCUCGGCGACAUGACUGACAGCAUAGUGUGUUAUAAUUCAUCUCUCCAAAAUACAUCUGAAUGUCUUCAGUUCAAACCACUGUCUGAGCAGAUGUCUCUGUUUUCCUUGUACUAUGUUGGAAUAGGAUUUGCUGUUAUGAUCUUUGGACACUUCCAGAUUUCCCUGUGGGUUCUAGCUGCCGCCAGACAGACACGGAAAAUGAGGAAACUGUUUUUCCAUUCAGUAUUAUCCCAAGACAUGAGCUGGUUUGAUGUCACCAAGUCUGGAGAACUCAACACUCGUCUUACAGAAGAUGUCAAUAAAAUCAAUGAUGGAAUAGGAGAUAAAGUUGGCCAUCUUGUACAGAAUUGUUCAGCAUGUGUGGCUGGACUAGUGAUUGGACUCUUCAAAGGUUGGAAACUCGCACUGGUCAUCUUGGCUACCAGUCCACUUGUAGCAAUUUCAACUGCCAUAUGCUCCAAGAUGGUGGUAUCACUGACAAUCAAGGAGCUUUCAGUUUAUGCAAAAGCCGGGGCCGUGGCUGAAGAAGUUCUCUCCUCAAUACGGACAGUGGUGGCAUUCGGAGGACAAGAGAAAGAAAUGAAAAGGUACACAAACAAUUUGGGAGAGGCCAAACAAAUUGGUAUAAGAAAGGCUAUUGCUUCUCAAGUGGAAGCUGGUGUUACGUUUUUUUUUUUAUAUACCACAUAUGGCCUUGGAUUUUGGUAUGGUACAACAUUAAUACUGGGAGGCGAAGGAUAUACCAUUGGAGAUACUCUUGUGGUCUUCUUCAGCAUUACUCUCAGCAGUUAUUGCAUUGGCCAGGCGGCUUCUCACUUUGACGCAUUUUCUGUGGCAAGAGGAGCUGCUUACAACAUAUUUAAUAUCAUUGAUCAGACAUCAACAAUAAACAGCUUUUCAACCGAGGGUUACAAGCCGGAUCACUUAAAGGGAAAUAUUGCAUUUCAAAAUGUGCAUUUCUGUUAUCCCUCAAGACCAAAGGUUCAGGUUUUAAAAGGAUUCAACCUGAAGGUUAAAUCUGGUCAGACGGUGGCACUGGUAGGACAAAGUGGAUGUGGUAAAAGCACCACAGUGCAGCUCCUGCAGAGACUGUAUGACCCACAACAAGGCAUGAUAGUGGUUGAUGGCCAUGAUAUACAGUCUCUGAAUGUCCAGUAUUUCAGAGAACUCAUUGGUGUGGUUAGUCAGGAGCCGGUCCUGUUUGCAACAACCAUUAAGCAGAACAUCAAAUACGGCAGGUUGGAUGUGACCGAUGAAGAAAUUGAAACUGCAGCUAAAGAAGCCAAUGCCUAUGAUUUCAUUAUGGCACUACCUGAUAAAUUUGAGACUCUAGUUGGGGAACGAGGAGCACAACUAAGCGGUGGCCAAAAGCAAAGGAUAGCAAUAGCCAGAGCCUUAGUACGGAAUCCUAAAAUACUUCUGCUGGACGAAGCCACCUCCGCUCUGGAUACUGAGAGUGAAUCUGUUGUACAAGCGGCUCUAGAUAAGGCCAGUAAAGGACGCACCACUAUUGUCAUUGCUCAUCGCCUGAGUACAAUUUGGACAGCGGAUCUUAUUGUUGUGCUAGAGAAUGGUGCUGUGGCCGAGCAAGGAACACAUUCUGAAUUAUUGGAAAAGAAAGGAAUCUAUCAUUCACUGGCAACAGCUCAGUCCAUACAAACCGCAGAGGAUAGUGAAACAAAGGAUAAUGAUCAAGAGAAACCAUUGUUGAUACAUCAAUUACACUCCAGUAUCUCCAAUGGAAAAUAUUCACUGCCUGAAGCCGAAGAGCAAGAAGAAAUAACAGAGGAUGCUGACAAGGAAAAACUUCCUAAAAUUUCAUUUUUUAGGCUGCUGAAGCUAAAUAAAUCAGAGUGGCCAUAUAUUAUGUUUGGAACUCUUGCAGCUAUUCUCAAUGGAGCAGCCCAUCCAGGUUUCAAUAUACUAUAUACCAAGACUAUAGUUAUUUUUGGGACUAAUAAUCCAGAGCUAAUUCGAACUGAAAUAAAUUUUUAUUCCAUUAUAAUUGUUGUUAUUGGUGUGGCUUCUUUCUUUACAUACUUUAUUCAGGGUUUCAUGUUUGGGAGAUCGGGUGAAGUCCUCACCAUGCGGCUGAGGCAGAUGGCAUUCAAGGCCAUGCUUCGCCAGGAAAUUUCAUGGUUUGAUAACAAAAAACACAACACUGGGGCUUUAACAACCAAGCUUGCCACAGAUGCUUCUCAGAUACAGACGGCAACUGGCUCCAGACUUGGUUUGGUUGCAGAAAACGUUGCUACAAUAGGACUGAGCAUCAUAAUUGCUUUUGCUUUCGGCUGGGAAAUGUCUUUGCUGAUUCUAGCUUUGGCCCCUGUCCUUGUGACCACUGGUUUACUUGAGACCAAAGCACUCGUUGGCUUCGCAAAUCGAGAUAAAAAACAACUUCAGCAGGCUGGGAAGAUUGCAACUGAAGCAGUGGAUAACAUACGGACGGUUGUAUCAUUAACUAGAGAGGGAACCUUUGAAGAAAUGUACUCUGAGAGCUUACAGAAACCCUACAGGAAUUCUCAGCGCAAGGCUCAUAUAUACGGCUUCUGUUUUGCAUUCAGUCAGUCAUUCAUAUAUUUUACGUACGCCGCAGCUUACCGAUUUGGAGCUUUAAUGAUUGAAUUGGGGAGGAUGAACUCAGAGGAAGUAUAUAUGGUGUUUUCCUUACUGGCAUAUGGAGCUGUAACUGUAGGACAGACCUUAUCCUUUGCUCCUGAUUACGCUAAAGCAAAGUCUGCAGCUUCCCAUCUCUUCCAGUUGUUCCAAAGUGAGCCAGCUAUUGACAGCUACAGCCCGCAGGGACAGAUGCCGGAAAAGUUUCAAGGAAAUUUGGAAUUGCGUGACAUUUCCUUCAAAUAUCCAUCUCGUCCGGAUGUGGCGGUGCUGCAAGAGCUAUCUGUCAGGAUAUCCAGCGGGCAAACUGUGGCGUUUGUAGGCAGCAGUGGGUGUGGGAAAAGCACAUCUGUCCAGCUGCUGCAGAGGUUCUAUGACCCACACCAGGGAGCAGUGCUAUUCGAUGGCAUUGAUGCUAAAUGCUUGAACGUACAGUGGUUGCGAUCUCAGAUUGGAAUCGUCGCGCAGGAGCCGGUGCUGUUUGGCUGCAGCAUUGCUGAGAAUAUCGCCUAUGGAGACAACUCCCGCGAGGUGUUAAUGGAGGAAAUACAACAGGCAGCAAUAUCAGCCAACAUUCACUCCUUCAUAGAGAGUCUGCCGGAGAAAUAUAACACUCCAGUGGGAGGGAAAGGAACUCAGUUGUCUGGAGGCCAGAAGCAGAGGAUUGCCAUUGCCCGGGCUCUUAUCCGUGUUCCAAAAAUAUUACUGCUGGAUGAGGCCACCUCAGCAUUAGACAAUGAAAGUGAAAAGGUUGUACAACAAGCACUAGACCAAGCGAGGAAAGGAAGGACUUGUAUCAUGAUCGCACACAGACUGUCCACAGUACAGAAUGCGGAUCUUAUUGUGGUCAUGAAGAACGGGAGGAUAAUAGAACAAGGAACUCAUCAACAGCUUCUAGCCAAGCAAGGGGCAUAUUAUGACCUUGUAAAUGCACAGAAUAUAACGUAAAUAUAAAUGUAAAACAAGUCUGGAUAUAAGUCCGCUGGUGCUCUAUAGUAGAGUGCAAACUGUGUCAGCCUUAAGAAGAGAGACCGUUGCGGUGUAAAGCAAUGCAAUGAAUAGAAAUAAUGCACAGGUAUGUGUAUAAACAUCAGGUACAUCUGGUGUAAGGAAAGGGCACUACUACAAAGUAGUGUAAAGUACAAUUUGUGUUGGAGGUUACCAAUGUGAGUAUUGAGGCCCAACUGGUACUCAGCACUGAUAAAUGCCUCUUGUCCACCUCAUUGAAUGUCAUCGAUCUGAAACAUCUUACAGUAUUUGUAACUAGAUUACGAAUUAACUAAUUCAUUGAAAAGUUGUUAAAUAAGAAUUGCUGAUGGAGUGUUAUAUCAUAAUCUAUUUAGCACCAGUGACUAGAGCCAGUGCUUAUUACCCUACAGUAUAUGUUGUUUUUUUCUGCAAUGGUAAAUCUCUGAAGAAAUGGAUCCCCCCUGGGCUCUCUCAGCUCGCCCUAUGUUUUUCCAGAAGCCUCAGCUCCCCCAUGUCUCUCCAGAAAUCUCAGCUCACCCAGUGUCUCUUCAUAGUCAUAGCCCUCCCUGAGUCUCUCCAGCAGUCUCAUCUCACCCCCCAUGUCUUUCUAUAGCCUCAGCUCCCCACCUCCAUCUCUCCAGCAGUCUUAGUUCCUCCAGUGUCUCUUCAUAGUUACAGCCCACUCCAUUGUGUCCCUCCAUUAACCUCAGAUCCCCCGCAUCUCUCCAUAGCCUCAGUCUCCCCCUACAUCUCUUCAUAACCCUAGGCAUGCACACCCACACACACACACACACACACUCAAAAAAAAAUUGUGUCGGGUUAUGUCACUGAAGGAACUUCCCAGCCCCUACAUGCCUGUGGCCUGGCCCAGUCACAAUCACCGGACUUGGUCCUAGGUAUGGGGAACGGGUGGCUGGGACAAUUUCUCAGGACCCCUCAGAAUCUUGAGGCACAGUACAAGAGUCCCCCUUGUACCCCCCAGACACUGGUGCCUGCUUGCACGUGAGUUAAUUGAUGACUUAUGGCUGUAACCCCUGAUUUAUGAAAUGAAGAAAAAGAAGUUGUCUUCUGUUUUGAUGCAUAACAUAUCACACAGCCCUGCCACCUGUUUAUGUCAUGCUGCUGAAUUAUUUUCUAUUUGAAAAAUCAAGAAAUAUAAUGAAAAAAAUGUUUUUUAUUACAAUGAUUGCAAAAAAAAAGAUACAAAAAGGGGUAAUGUUAUACCUAAAUGCUGCUAUUUAGUAUAUUAGUGUCGCUACUCAUUUUUCAUGAUAGAAAUAAAAGUCUUAGGUUUCA